AUGUCAUCUAGUACCGGGGCCCAUCGAUACAUAACUGCGUUUAUCAUCCUCACAGACCGGGGACGAUUCGAGAUGUCGCGAGGACUUUUAGAUUCUACUGCAGUCAGGAGUGUCUCACGCAGGGGCUAUAAGCAUCUGGCGGAUGACCAUUGCCUCCCCUGCCCAUCGAGUGAUAAGGAAGACGACUGCAUGUAUUGUCCAUGGGCGAGCAUUGAGGAGGACGAGGCUGCUGAGCAGAGCACUACGGCUACGCUGGGAGCGGACUCUGCGGCACCGGGAAGUGGUCGCGAUCAAUCUCCUAUGAAUGAUUCGCCUCCGUUGCCGGGAUCGAGCGGCUCGUGUUGGACUCCAGUGGCUAACACGCGGACGUACACGCCGGUUCCUGAAGAUACUGAUAGGAUUCUCUGCGUGAAGAACGUUGGACUAUAUAUGCUUCACACAAAACUCUCUGAGAGGCCUCGCAGUGUCUAA